AAUCUUUUAGAAUGACGCUUCAGGGAAGUCAAACUGCCUUUAAAGUAGUCCUUGUCUUCUGUCUAUGCUGUGUGGCGGCUCUCGUGGUAGUACUCUCGAUAACUACCGACUCGACGGGAUUAAUGCCCUUUAAAUCUCCAGGCUUUUCCAGAAGUUCUAUCCGCUCAAGAUUCAAUUCAACUUACGCACCACAAACCGAAAGCGGUAAUCAAACUAAUACCGGAAGUUCAAAACCAUCAACGUCUAUUGAGAUGUCAUCUGAAUCGACAUUGAAUGUCACAGGUCAAGAUAAUUCAACGGAACAAGCACAGACCAAAGCUGUAAAGAAAGAAAAAGGUAUUCCGAAUCCUUUAAAGCCGGAAACAUCCUUUCGACAACCUCCACCAGCACAGGUGUUGACGACAUGCCCAAAUCAAGAUGUCCUCCCAAAUGAGAGGCUUACACCAAACAAAGAAGCUACGACCGUUCAAAGGGUCAACGAAUUCGUAUUCGGGAAGUUCUUACCAAAGACACAAGCCAUGACUGACGUGGCCAACCAAACUCUCCCGAGCAUCAUCACGAAGCGCAAGUCAAUCAGGGAAGCAGCGGACGAGAUUGAUAAGACGCUCACGGAGCUGAACCUCGCUGUCGACUUCGAUGACUACCGGCUACUUCCUGGUGGUCAUUGGAUCCCACUGUCGUGUAACCCCCGUUGGAAGGUCGCUAUUGUGGUACCGUUUAGAAAUCGCUUUCAUCACCUCCCAAUUUUUCUCCGCCACAUUGUGCCAUUGCUCAAAAGACAAAAGCUGGAAUUCUCCAUCUUUAUUGCCGAGCAGAGAAAUGACGAACGUUUUAACCGAGCGAUGUUAAUGAACGUUGGUUUCGUCGAGGCCCUAAAUUUUACGAACUACGACUGCGUGAUCUUCCACGACAUCGAUCACCUUGCCGUCAAUGUUAAAAAUUAUUUUGGCUGUGAUAACAUGCCCCGACAUUUUAUAUCCGGAGAAAAAAUAUGGGAGUGGAAGAUAAUAUACGAAAAUCUCUUUGGUGGAGUGACGGGGCUUACCACACAACAGUUCUAUGACAUCAAUGGUCUGCCCAAUGUCUACUGGGGAUGGGGUGGUGAAGACGAUGAAUUCGCAAAGAGGGUAAAGGCUAAGGGUUUUAAACGAUCGCGACCCAAAGGGGAGAUCGGGUACUUCGAUUCCGUCGUUCACGAAAAAAAGGAGUCAAGUCCGACUAACGAAGCAAGGUUUUGUCUUCUUAAUAACUACGUUCAUAGGAAAACCACCGACGGUGUAUCAAACUUGAGAUAUGAACAACCGACAAUAGAACUGCAUCCUCUUUAUACCAACGUCUCUGUCAACAUCCAGAAGCUACCUUGGAAUCCUCGUUGGCCAAGGUGUGAAGGGCAGUAGCGUAUUUAUCAUUAUUAUACUAUAAGUGUUGUACACCUUGAUGGUGUUAACAUCAGUGCCUUGGGCUUUCAUGCAUGAUGAAUGAUGUAGAAGACUACACCUUUGUACACUUCAAAAGCUAUGGUGUUGAUGCCAGUAUCUUGGGCUUUCAUGAAAAGAAUGGAUGAAAAGGACAAUAACAUUUGUGCACUUCAAAUGUCAUGGUGUUAACAUCAGUGCCUUGCGCUUUCCUCGAUAGUGAGUACAUGUAGAGGAUCUGUACACUUCAAAAUCCAUGCUUUCUACAUCGUCGUCUUGUCUUGGGCUUUCCCGAAUAGUGAAUGACUGUACAGGGCUAUAACACCUUUGUUCACUUCGAAAGUAUUGGUGUUUAACAUCAGUAACUCGGACUUUCCUCAAUUGUGAAUGGAUGUGGAGGACGAUAACACCCUUGUACACUUGAUCAAAAGCUUUCGAAUAAGAAGCUAUCUACACUUCAAAGGCCACGGUGUUAACCAACAUCGGUGUCUAAUUAGUCUUUCAUAUUAUGGUGAAUGAAUGUAUAAUGACGGACAAUAACACCUUUACUAAGCGGGAUGUAUACUUCAAUAGUCGUACAGGGUGUUAGCAUCGAGUGUCUUGGUCUUUCAAGGAGAAUAAAUGACGCUCCGUUGACACUAGAUUAUUGAAGAGUGCUUGUCAUAUUGCUGCAUUUAUGAGAGCAGCCAAUUAUGCUGCCCCAGCGACAUACAUUCCUGAUUAAAAGAGAAGUCCGCCCCAACAAAAUAUUGAUUUGAAUAGAAACAAAGAGAGAAGUCAAACAAGCGUAACACUGGAGAUUUCAUCAAAAUUAGAUGUAAAAAUUAUGGCGCUCUAGAUUCAAAUAUAUAUCCACAAAUUUAGUGAUUUCUUGACAAUUUGGUGUGUUCUUUGUUUACUAUAAAAAGGACAUUUUGCAAAUUUUCUGUAGAAAAAAAUAUGACACGGAUGGAUUUCCACAGAGUUACGGAUUAAUUGGAUCAAUCGGAACUCUUUGUAAGACAAGGCCCAGAUCACCAGUCUAAGGCAGUCUUGCAGAUCAAUGAUGUUAACAGAGGAAAAGACCAAACAUUUUACGACACAUUUGAUGAUGGAAUCCUCUCUGAACACGAACUGCCAGUCUGAACACAUAGGCCCGUAUUCUGAAGUAGGGUUUGACUUCGAACAUGGUCUAACUCUGUGCGAAAAUUAUGGGAUGCCGAACUUUUCAAAAUUUUGUUUACAGUGAAUGCUUCUCAUGUUUACUCUGCUCGUCAUUAAUUCUAUAAUGGUGGAGACAACUGUCAUACUUGGGAGUCAAAUGAGCUGCUGAUACAUUGAACCUCUACUGUUAUAGAUUUACGUAGCAACUGGCUUUCCAUAGUUUAACCACAACGUAGAACCAGAGUUUAAUUUAAACCCGAUUUCAGAAUACGGGCCUAUAACUUUAACAGUGUACUGAAAUGUUGUCUUCGAUGUUGAGUUAAGUCGGGCUCCGUUAAUUUAUUGUUACGUACACACACCAACAUGACCAAAUUUAGUUUUUACAAAGAUUUCUUAUAAAGUUUAGGUUAUUUUAACCUAUUUGCAAUAUGACAUUACAAUGAGACCUGGGUACCGUUUCAUAAAGCUGUUCGUAAGUUAAGAGCGACUUUAAGAACGACUGGUGAUUCUUUUCUUGCGGUAUAUAUUGAAUUGACGAUGGUUUAGCGCAUAAGAUGGGUUCACCAGUCGUUCUUAAAGUCGCUCUUAACUUACGAACAGCUUUAUGAAGCACCCACCUGGGGCCCGUUGCAGAAAGAGUUGCGUUUAAACGCAAGUCAAAAAAUCAAUUGCAAGUCCCAAAUGCGCGCUGUUAAUUGGUUAAAAAUCAAGUUGCGCAUGAUUUUUAGAGUUGCCAUUGAUUGCAACUCUUUCUGCAACAGGCCCCUGGUGAUCAUUUCGUAAAGCUGUUCGUAAGUUCAGUGGGACUUUAAGAACGACCGGUAAAGGCGGUUAACAUUUGCCAAUGAAUAUACUAUCAUUUACCACAA